AUGUUGAAGAAGGCGCUUCUUCGAUCAUGCCGCCAUUACAGCACAAUCAAGGAUCCAACGAAAGUUUGCCUGAAAGAACAUCUCGUUUUGCCCUACUCAACAUCGACGGUGAAAAGCGCAACGGACAACUCGACUCACGCAUAUGUUCCCUUCGACACACAAAUGUCAAAACUCAGCAAUGGACUCCGAGUAGCCAGUGAGGAGUAUAUUGGAGAGUUUUGCACGGUCGGCGUCGCCAUCGAGAGUGGAUCGCGUUUUGAGGCACUUCACCCGAAAGGACUCACCAAUAUCAUCGAAAAACUUGCAUUCGCUUCAACACUCAAACACAGCUCGCGGGAGGAAAUUGCUUCAGUUUUGGAGAAGAGUGGAGCAUUGGUUGAUUGCCAAUCGACAAGGGACACAAUCAUUUAUGCAACUUCAUGUCACAGGGAUCGAUUGAGCGAAAUGUUGGAGAUCAUCUCAAAUGCGAUUUUUCGACCAAAAAUCCACCCAGAGGAGAUUAUGGAUGCAUUUUCGGCAAGUGACUUUGAGAGCAAAGAAUUGGGGGAACAAAUCGAGAUUGAACCAUUUCUGAAUGAUCGCAUUCAUCAGGCGGCUUUUCGAUCGAAUACUUUGGGAUUCUCAAAGUAUGGAAAUCCGGAGGCUUUCUCGGAAAUAUCGAGAGAACGAAUUUUCGGCUAUCUUUCAAAAUACUAUGCUCCCAAUCGGAUAGUCCUGGCUGGAGUCGGUGUUCCGCACAAAGAGUUUUACUCGUUGGCGGAAACAUAUUUCGAUGAAAGAACUUCGACUUGGGCGUUAGACAAAUCAAUUCUUCAUGAAAAAGUGCCGGAAAUCGAUCAAAGCACUACACAAUACACUGGUGGAGAGAUUCGAAAAAAAUGUGAUCUAUCACAAGUUGGACUUGGGACUCCAUAUCCACAUUUGGCACAUGUGGCUUUGGGAUUUGAGGGAGCCGGCUAUAGGAGUGAAGACUUUGUUCCAUUUUGUGUUCUACAAGCACUACUCGGUGGCGGUGGGUCAUUCUCUGCUGGAGGGCCUGGGAAAGGGAUGUUUACAAGGCUCUAUGUUGAUGUGCUGAAUCGGUGUCAUUGGCUUUACAGAUGUACGGCUUUCAACUAUUCCUAUUCGGAUGCUGGCUUAUUUUGUAUCCAGGCAUCUUGCCCACCAGAUAAUCUCAACGAGGCACUCAUUGUGAUUGCCGAUCAAUUUUUGAGAUUGGGCGAAGGAGUUGACGAUGAUGAGUUGAGUCGCGCAAAGGUGCAAUUAAAAUCUCAAAUAAUGAUGAACUUAGAGGUUCGACCAGUAAUUUUUGAGGACUUGGCUCGUCAAGUGAUUGCACAUGGUCAUCGGAGGAAACCCGAAGAAACGAUGCGCUUGAUUGACAAUGUGACAAACGAAGACAUUGUUCGAGUGGCCCAAAAAAUGCUACAUUCAAAGCCAUCGCUGGUCGGAUUUGGGGAAAUUGACGGUUUGUCCAAAAAGGCGGUCGGUUUGCCGAAAUUCGACCAAUUGGAAGAAGCGAUUGCACAACGAGAUCUUCGUGUGCUUAUCCCAAAGAAAGUUUUCAGUUGGCAA